AUGGAGUCACUUAUACGAAUUGUAAAUAAACUUCAGGAUGUUUUUUCCGUGUUUGGUGAACAGCAACUUACUGAUUUACCACAAAUUGUAAACUUACCGCAAAUUGUGGUAGUAGGAACUCAAAGCUCUGGAAAAAGUUCCGUUCUGGAAAGCCUAGUGGGAAAAUCAUUUUUACCUCGAGGAACUGGUGUAGUUACCAGAGCGCCAUUAGUUAUACAAAUGAUAAGAUACACUGAGGAAACAAGAAAAUCGAUGUUGAAGUCAAAUAACACUGAAGACAGUGAAAGCAUAACAGAAUGGGUAGAGUUUCUACAUAAGCCAAAUAUAUUUUAUUUUGAUUUUGAUAUGGUACGCAAUGAAAUUGAAUGUGAAACGAACAAUCUUGCAGGAUAUAAUAAGGGCAUAACUAACAAGCAAAUUGUAUUAAGAAUUCACACCAAUCGUUAUGAUCUGACUUUUGUAGAUUUACCAGGUAUAACAAAAGUGGCGGUUGGAGACCAACCUGAUGAUAUAGAUGAACAAAUUCAGAAAUUGAUUCUUUCAUAUGUAAAGCAAUCCAACUCAAUAAUUUUAGCAGUGGUGACUGCAAAUACAGACCCUUCAACAAGUGAAAGUCUUCAAAUAGCAAAGAAAUUGGACCCAGAUGGUAUCAGAACUAUAGCAGUGGUUACAAAAUUGGACCUAAUCGAUGAAGGAACACUACAAGACACAAAGGAUUUACUCUGCGGUCAAAGGAUUCCAGUGAAACUAGGUAUCAUAGGAGUUGUGAAUAGAAGUCAAAAAGACAUUGUUGAAAAUAAAUCAAUGGACGCCACGCUAACAUCAGAAACAGAAUUUUUAAAAACUAACUAUCCAGAUAUAUAUACAAAACACGGAAACAAAGCGUUAGCUCAUACAUUACAGUUAGUAUUGAUAACACAUAUUAAAAAAGUAUAUCCAAAACUUAAAAUUGAACUUGAAGAAAUGAAAAAUAAAUUGGGAAAAAAACUUUUAGUACUACAUACACCAGAUAACAAAAUAUCGUUUUUAAUAGGACUUUUAAAAGAUAUUAGCAAAUCUUAUGAAGACACUAUGAAUGGAAAUCAAAACGAUGUUUCGGUCGACCAAAUUGUUGGUGGUGCCAGUAUUGCUAGAAUAAUCCAUCAAAAAUAUUUAAAAACAAUAAAUGCCAUAGAACCGCUACAAGAUUUAUCAAACGAAAAUAUUGCAAAAGUCUUAUUAAAUACAUCAGGCACUAACCAAAGUACUUUUGUCAACGAAAAGGCGUUACAAAAGAUUUUAAGCCGCCAAUUAAAGAACUUAAUCGAGCCGUCGUUGGAUUGCGUAGAAUUGGUCCGCAGUGAGAUGUUAAACAUAUUAAAUUCCAUUGAUGCCAGAUUGUUGGAAACACUUAGGCGAUACCCACAAUUGAAUGAAGAUGUACGAAAAGUAUUUGAAAAAUUGCUGGAAGAAAAUGUGAAAAAUAUCAAAGAUUUUAUUGCUUCAUACAUAGAAUCUUAUCAGGAAUGUUUGAACACAGCAAAUCCAGAUUUUAUAUUGGAAAUAGUAAAAUCGAAUAAUACAAUUCAAGAAGAAAUUCUUGCUGCAGCAAAUAUAAGUAAUUGCGUUAAAGAAGAUAUAUCAGAUAAUCUUUUUAGCCAGCCUUGUUUCACAUUUGGACAGUCGAUUCCCCAGCCAAUUCCUGAUAAAAUGGCCCAACUCAAAAAAAUAGAAAUUAAUAGAAUACAAAUGUUGAAUCAAUUAUUAUCAGGUCUUAAUAACCAGGACGUAUCCUUGGAAUCAUCUGAACAGGUAAAAUUACAUAGAGAUUUAAGUCAAUGUUAUUUUGAGUACAUCAGGAAAAUUGUGCGGGACUUUGUGCCUAAAAGAAUUAAACACAAAAUGAUUAAUUCGUUUUUAAAAGUCCUUGAUAAGCGUUUAAAUGAAGAAAUAUUCCAAACCUAUUUAAUUGAAAAGAAAAUUGAUGAAGUGCUUUUAGAAGAUGAAACUUUUCAAAAGGAUAGAAAUAAUGUUGAAACCAAGUUGGAUGCAGUGAGAAAAGCUUUAAAAAAUAUGGUCGAUAUUCAAUAUUAUUAA